AAGACCUGCUCGCCAAUGCACUGCACACAGGAGCCCCUGACAGUACCCGUGCCUGCUGCCUGUUUGCGCAGCAGAGGACACCUGCAUCCGGUGAUGACUGCAUCGAUCCCCGCGGAAAAACCCACCUCGCUUAAACCUCUUAACUUGUGCAACGUGUGACGUGUUUUAUGUUGUGGCGGGCACCUGUUCCAAGACUAUGUUCGUAUCGGGUGAAAAAACCCUGUAGAGCCGGUCGUUUGACUUCCAACUUGGAUGGAUAUUUGUGACACGUCUGGAAAGUUGCCAUGCGUCAGGGAGCAUGGGUGGAAACUUUAAAAGCUUUUUUUUUAUAAUCGAGAGACAGCUUUUAGAAUGAAAGCAGGUGAGUCACCCCUCGCGUGAGAGGCGCGCAGAGCUCCGGGACUCUCCAGGUACUAGAAAGGAAAAGGCGACACGGAGGAAGUCGUGAUCUGUGCGGCGGAUUGCGCCACGGAGGACUGAGGGAACGGACCGAUGAGAAAACAUGGGUCUAUUGCUUCGUGAUGGACGACUGACACACCUCCUCUUCCCUCUCCUGCUCCUCCUCUUGCGGGCUCCCCUGUUGUUCAGCUUUGGUGAGCGCACCUGUCCCAAUAGCUGCAGAUGUGAGGGGAAAACGGUACAUUGUGAUUCAGCUGGCUUCUUAGAUGUUCCAGAAAACAUCUCCGUAGGCUGCCAAGGCCUCUCCCUGCGCUACAAUGAACUGCACACCCUGCUGCCGUAUCAAUUUGCUCAUCUCAGCCAGCUUCUCUGGAUAUACUUGGACCAUAAUCAGGUUUCAGCUGUUGACAGUCGAGCAUUCCAGGGAGUGCGCAGGCUUAAAGAGCUGAUACUGAGCUCCAACAGGAUCACAUCCCUGCACAAUUCAACAUUCCAUGGAAUUCCGAAUCUUCGCAGUCUGGACUUGUCCUACAACAAAUUGGAAAUCCUUCAGCCAGGUCAAUUCCAUGGCUUACGAAAACUACAAAACCUACACCUACGCUCAAAUGGUCUCUCCAACAUCCCAAUUCGAGCAUUCCUGGAGUGUCGAAGUUUGGAAUUUCUGGAUUUGGGCUACAAUCGAAUUAAGGCUCUUACCCGCACCACCUUUUUGGGGCUACAGAAGCUGAUGGAGUUGCAUCUGGAGCACAACCAGUUCUCACGGAUCAACUUUUUUCUGUUUCCUCGCUUAGCCAACCUGAGAUCACUCUAUCUGCAGUGGAACCGCAUUAGGGUGGUCAACCAGGGCCUUCCAUGGACCUGGUAUACACUGCAGAAACUUGAUCUGUCUGGAAAUGAAAUCCAGACCCUGGACCCAGCUGUGUUUCACUGCUUGCCCAACCUCCAAGUCCUCAACCUGGAAUCCAACAAACUGUCCAAUGUGUCUCAGGAGGCGGUGUCAGCAUGGAUCUCACUGACCUCCAUCAGCCUUGCUGGAAACAUGUGGGAUUGUGGAACUGGAAUUUGCCCACUUGUGGCUUGGUUGAGAAAUUUCCGGGGCAGUAAAGACACCACUAUGAUAUGCAGCAGCCCAAAGUUUCUCCAGGGAGAAAAAAUUAUGGAAGCCACAAGGAACCACGGGAUUUGUGAGGAAACUGAUUACGUUUUGACUGAAACACCCUCACCAAUGUCCGAGCUCAUUUCUGAAGCCACCGGUGAACCAACCUUUGCCCCUACUAGUGGCUCUCCCCCAAUGCCACCAGCCAGCACGUUUGGUCCUCUCCCACCAUUCAGACCUCAACCGAUUCCUCAUCCUACGUUUCCAGGGCACAUGAGCAAAGACCCAAGAGACUCAGUUGCUCGCACUCGACCCACUGUCAUACCACCCCCAGAGGUCGAGCACAUGACUCUGCACAAAGUGGUGGUGGGCAGCGUGGCACUCUUCUUCACUAUGUCCCUAAUCUUGACAAUUAUCUAUGUGUUGUGGCGGCGCUAUCCAGCUGCAACCAGGUUGCUGCAGCAGCGAUCCAUGGUGGGGCGGAAGCGUCGUAAAAAGAGUCCAGAGCCAGAGCAGAACCUGAGCUCCCAACUCCAAGAGUAUUACAUGAGCUACAACCCUGCUGCCACACCAGAGGCAUUGGAGGUGCUAGGCAAUGGCACUGGUUCCUGCACAUGCACAAUUUCUGGCUCCAGGGAGUGUGAGCAUAAUGAGCCGCACAACAGUUGGCCCUGUGACCACUAUCUUUCGAGCAACACUCUGCUGCAGUCACUCCAAACGCUGUCAGAGGAACAUCUCUUGAAUUCAGAUAAUGAGUACACGUGCCCACGCCCCCUACCUGGUGCCUGGCUGGGAGAUGUGCCUACCAUCCAUUAACCCCUAAAAGGAACUGCUUUGGAUGGUGCGGAAAACCACGCUGAAACAGGAAUACAGGAGAGAGACAUGCAGAGAACCCAUCAGGAUCUUACUCACAUAAUUCACAUUCAAAUGAUACAUUUAAAAAUGGUCCUCCACGCUAACAAGGACAACCACUGACCAAGACAAAGAGGAGAUAAAACUGUCUUUUUCUUCUUCUUAAGAUUUUAUAAUGUCUUUUUUUUGUUGGCCUGAGGCCUUUGGUCAUCAGUAUUGCUGCGUUCCAUAACGCUCCAUCCCUACACGAACACUGACACGAAUACUGAUGUUAAUGGAAAAUACUGAUGGUUGUGGAAAUGCAGUCCUAUGGAAGAAGAUGAGCACUGAUGGAUGGUUAUAGCCAACAUGGGAGAUUAUUGUAUAGACUUUAAGAGCAUAUUGUCUUCAUGAGGACAACAUGGCAUUGUUUUAAACACAAGCAAGAGACUGUACAAAUUCAACAGGCUUUAAAAAGGUAUAACACUGAGCAAUGAAUCAUUAAUGAAAAUGCACUGAGCAGGUGGCUCUGACCGCUCUGCUAAUACAGCUGUGUAUAAUUUAAAGUGGAUUACCAUAUUUUGAUUGCACCAUGUUGUCAAUACUGUUUAUUUUUUGUAAGAAAGACUAAUCAAAGGCUAGGAUGGUGUAAAUGUGCCUCACUGGAGCAGAACCGUUAUGAAAAGUUAUGAAGUUUCUGUGCACCUGACAGUGAAGAGGAAUCCGAUCCAUCAGGUGGAAAUCCAGGCAGCAGCUGGAAGAUUUUGGAAGUUUGAAGCCUGUGAAAAGUUGCCAGAGGAAAAGCAAUCUAUCCCCCAGCCACCUUUGGUGAAGUUUUUUUGUUUGAUUGUUUGUUUGCUUUUUUAAAACAUUGUUUCUAAGUUGUUUCUAAUUGCAAUCAAACCUCGACUAUCAAGUUUGAUUUGGAGGACCGGAAGGUCAAUCAGAAGCAAAAGAGGGAAAAAAGGAAAAAGCUAUCAAGGGUAAAAAUGUAAUUUUCUGAAAUUAUAAUGUUGUUAAUGUUGUACUUUAUGAAUAUGUGUUUCUGCCAUUUUCAACACCAAAUACCAAAGAGCCAAAUGGAGCACUUUUGGCUCUCCCAACCAACAGAUCCAGGAUUUGCUCUCUUAAAAGAAGCCUCAACUUCCCUUCACGUUCCGCAGUGCUCCGUUACCCAAUUGCCGUUUUUGUACAUGUGUAAUGUGUACGUCUUUGUGAACAAACGAUCUUGCAACUACAUUCUUCACUAGAAGGAUCUUGUCUGAAAGAUAACUUUGAGCACUGCUUGCAUUUUAUGACUUGUGUUGAAUACAUACUUCACUUUCCUUAAAAUAAUCACCUUGUCUCCCCCCUCGAAGAGACUGCAGAUGUUGCUGUGCGCAGCUCCGUGUGUGCUUGUGUUCCAUCCGUUAUGAGUUCUGAACUCUAUUUGAUUGGGUCGUUUGUUUGAUCAUUCAGACAUAAUCUUUCUACACCAGAAAAUGAUCAUUUUCUAUUAUAAAUUUCUUCUUUCCCCCGUUGAAUUUGUUGAUAUUUAGUAAGCUGCUGUAUUCUUUGUUCACUUUCAACAGUAUGUUUUUUAAUGAAAAUAAUAAUGACUUUCUUGGUGAGCAAUAUGAAUUGGUCCAAUUAAAAUAUUCAUUAAUCAUU